GGCCGCCGCCUCGCCAGUGGUGGCUCGGCGUUUCCAAAAGGGGCCCUCCGACUCCUCGCUGGGCCAGUCCGGCGCCGAGUCGUGGAGCCCCGCACAACUCCCGCUGGUCCCUGAACGGGAUCCCUGCUCCCCAGAGUUUGCGAGCAACUUUCCCCUCUCCCUGGCGCCGCGGUGGCUCGGGGACCGUGGCCGCCGCAGGUAGCUGAACUCCGGGCCCCGCUCCCUGCGCCUCGGCUGGGCGCGCUCGCAGGUCGCUCUCUCCCUGGGUGCACGCUGGGGAUCCCCCAGCUGGGCUCUGCGGGCACGAUGCCCCUGGGACAUAUCAUGAGUCUGGAUCUGGAGAAAAUCGCCCUAGAGUACAUCGUGCCCUGUCUGCACGAGGUCGGCUUCUGCUACCUGGACAACUUCCUGGGCGAGGUGGUGGGCGACUGUGUCCUGGAGCGCGUCAAGCAGCUGCACUGCAACGGGGCCCUGCGGGACGGCCAGCUGGCCGGGCCGCGCGCCGGCGUCUCCAAGCGGCACCUGCGAGGCGACCAGAUCACGUGGAUCGGGGGCAACGAGGAAGGCUGCGAGGCCAUCAACUUCCUCCUGUCCCUUAUCGACAGGCUGGUCCUGUACUGCGGGAGCCGGCUGGGCAAAUACUACGUCAAGGAGAGGUCCAAGGCGAUGGUGGCUUGCUACCCAGGAAAUGGAACAGGUUAUGUUCGACAUGUGGACAACCCCAACGGCGAUGGCCGCUGCAUCACCUGCAUCUACUACCUGAACAAGAAUUGGGAUGCCAAGCUACACGGUGGGGUCCUGCGGAUAUUUCCAGAAGGGAAAUCGUUCAUAGCAGAUGUGGAGCCCAUUUUUGACAGACUCUUGUUCUUCUGGUCAGACCGCAGGAAUCCACAUGAAGUGCAGCCUUCCUAUGCGACCAGAUACGCCAUGACUGUUUGGUACUUUGAUGCUGAAGAAAGGGCAGAAGCCAAAAAGAAAUUCAGGAAUUUAACUAGGAAAACUGACCCUGCCCUGACUGAGGACUGACCCUGCCCUGAAAUCCGCUGGCCUCAUUCAUUUUAGUAACAGUUCCUGAAUUCGCUUUAAGAGUUGAGAUCCAAAGAAGGCCUCUUCUUCAGUGACUCAGUGACAAGAACCUACCCCCUACGGCUUACAUCAUUCACAUCCCUGUCUUGCGUAUGGUACUUUGUGUUUUCUUGCCAAGACUGCAUCUACCUUCAGACACUCUCUUUGCCAGACGAACUCAUUUGCUAACUCCAGAAAUACCUGCAUACACCCUAGCUGGCCAGCGGUUUAAUUGAUAGGUUUGGUAAUCCUGGUUAUCAAAGCAAGAACCUGGAAGCAUGGGCAAGGGACUGAAUCUUACUUGCACUUUAUGUACACUUCUGAUUUGAAAGGAGGAGGUUUGCAAAGAAAUAAAAUCGUGACAGAUGCCACGGAGAGGCAUCACUGAAGCCUUAACAGUAGGAAACAGAAAUUUGUGUCACCUGAACAAUUUCCAGAUGUUCUUAAUCCAGGGCUGUUGGGGUUUCUGGGGAAUUAUCACAACCUAAUGACAUUAUUACCUCUAGAAAGGGCUGCUGUCAUAGUCAUCAAUUUCUAAGUAUCCUGUGGGUGGACACUCCUUUUUCCUGGUCCUGCAACCUGGACUUUCUGCCUCUGUCCCAUUUUGCCGAAAAUAGGACUUUCUGAUCAAAGAUGACAACACCAUUUAUUUUCUAUUUUCACUUCUUACUUAGAGAAGCUGAUUCAUUAAUUAAUUGUUUUGGUUGCUUUGUUGAAAUGAAAUUUGAAUUUAAAUCAAAGGGGAAAAAAAUCUUUGUGGUAGUUUAGCGCCAACAACCUCUGAUAAUGGUGUCAAAAGACCUGGGUCUACUGCUAUACAAUAAAUGUGUGCAACUUGAACAGGUUGAGAUUGGAGAUGGAGUUGGAAAUGUGGGCAUUCCUAUUUUUCAGUUUUCCUUUUUAAUGAGCUCACCCUUCUUCUUUAACAAAAUUAAAAAAAUCGCAAAAACUAGGGUGCUAUAUUUUAAAAAGGAAAUGGAAAUAAAACAGCAAAUCCUGAAAAGCUGCUUGAGUUCUUUCCACGUUUUCUGACCUUAGUAAGCCUCUUUUCAACAGAUUUGACUCUCCAGGUCCACUGUGGUUGGCAAUGUGGCCAGAAUCAUGGAAUUUGCUAGGACUGUGGGAAGUUGUACUCCCACAGUAAACACAGGUUCUGCUGCCUCAAGAACUCUGUAUUGAGCUCCUGUUUUAUGAAAGUUACUCUUGUUUUCAAUUCCAUUUUCAUAUUUUUAAAAUCCCUGUAAUUUCUUGUUUGAAACUCCCAUGAACAUUAAGGGGCCAAAAAUACUUUCUUUGGUCACUGACAGAUACAUAGACUUUCGAAGAAAGAAGCAUAUUUGUGUGUGUGUGUGUGUGUGUGUGUGUGUGUGUGUGUGUGUGUGUGUGUGUGUGUGUCUGGUUUUAGAAAAUUUCCAGAUAAGACUUGCCUUCAUUCUCACGGCUGGUCUAUUUUUUUCCUAUAGUACUCAUCAGCUUCUAACUUACUAUGUACUUUACUUAUUUAUUAUGUUCAUUGUCUGGUAUCCUUUCUCUAGAGUGUUAGCACAAUGAAUACAGGGAUUUUUGUAUGUUUUUAAUCAAUGGAAUGUAUUCCCAGGACCUGAAAUAGUGCCUGGCAUAUAGUAAGGGCUCAGUAAAUGCUUGUUGAAUAAACUCACUCUCCUGCC